UUUUUUUCUUCCUGUGUGUCCAGAUCCACUCCCUCUCUAUGCAAACAGUCAAACUCUCUCUCACGCAUCCAAUUCACACACACACACACAUCUUUUAGACUAUAUGUUUGCGUUCUGCUAUCAACCACAUAACAAGCUCUGCCCUGGUCACUCAUUACCUCCUGUAAGUAAUAAAGCAGGCACUCCUGGAGCUACCAUGGGCAAAAGGUUAAACCAUAAAAAUACUCUUCAUUUGAAAAAACGCACGCAAACAAGCAGCUGCACACCCAGGUGGUAAAUGAGGUCAAUGGCCAGGUUGCACCUGAUUGGUUUGGUUUGGUGAGUGAUGUCAUUUCUUAGGAGGGCCUGGCCGUUAAUCUAUAAAAUGUAAAGGGUCACUGACGCCUUAAAAGCUGAAGAACACAGGAAAACAAGAUCCGAGCGCACACGAACACACAGGGGAGAGUCGAAGGAAGCAGACUGUGAGAAAUCAACACUUCACUGGAUUCAGGAGUAGGUGCAGUAGCUACAACUUGAGGAGGAGGUGUACACAGUGGAAAGAAGGGUUGACAAAGAGGAGCUCAAAGGGCAAAAUCAAGACGGCCUUCAAGUGUUUGUCGAAAAAUAAAAGUGGGAAAAGGAAGCAAGGAAAAGUGAGAGAAAGAGACAUUUUAAUUCAGAGGAACUGAAGAGGAGAGAAAGGACAAAUUAAGGAGCUUUUGAUUCACAAGGGGACGUUUGUCUGGGUGCAUGAUGGUGUCUUUUGGACUUGAAGUGGUCGGCGUCACUCUCUCGGUGCUCGGCUGGGCGCUGAGUGUGGUCAGCUGCGCUCUGCCAAUGUGGAGGGUGUCCGCUUUCAUUGGCGCCAACAUCGUCACAGCCCAGGUGUACUGGGAGGGCCUGUGGAUGAGCUGUGUGUUCCAGAGCACGGGGCAGAUGCAGUGCAAGGUCUACGACUCCAUGCUGGCCCUACCUCAGGACCUGCAGGCGGCCAGGGCGCUCACCGUCGUCUCCAUCAUCGUAGGCUUGUUGGCACUCCUCAUCUCCAUAGUUGGAGCAAAGUGCACCAACUGCAUCGAGGACGAGGCCGCUAAAGCCAGGGUGAUGGCCGCCUCUGGGGGGUCGUUCAUCGCAGCGGCUCUGGCCCUGCUAGUGCCCGUUUCCUGGUCAGCACACACUAUCGUGGUCGAGUUCUACAGUCCGCUCAUCCUCUCUGGACAGAAGAUGGAGAUCGGGGCAGCGCUGUAUCUGGGCUGGGCCUCUGCUGCCCUGCUAAUGAUUGGAGGGUGCAUUCUCUGCUGCAGUUGUCCCCCGCAGGAAAAUAAACCGACAAGGUACAGCACGCACCCCCAGAGUCGUAUAGCAUAUUCGUCGGCACCACGGUCAGUGGCUCCGAGCUCCUACAACAGGAAGGAUUAUGUGUGAGCAGACACCAAUGAGGGAUUAUCAUCAUUACUCUAUUUUCACAUGUAUCCUGCUUAUUUGUUCAUGAAACGUGUAUAAAAAUGUAGCUACUUGAUUAUUACAUCGACAGGAACCAGCUGUUCGUCAGAGAAGAGCUUAACCAGAUGUUUUUUUAAUUUUUUUUUAUUGAGGAUCAUAAAUGUGUGCAUAUAUUUUUGAAUGUAUUUGGACGCCCUCUGCAGUAGUUUGAAGCUGUUUACACGAGUCAUCUGACUGAAGCAAGCAGAGGGAAAUCAUCGUCAGCGUUCGAAAAGGCAAAGACCAAAUUCAGAACAUGUUUUUCGUCAGAUUUCAGCAACUUUGUAUCCCAGAGUAAAACUGAUGUUUUAUAUAUUUAUUUGUGCUCAUAAACAUUUGGAUCCAUUAUGGAUAUUUCCCAUUAUACUGAUAUCUGUGUGCAUAUUAAGUAUCAUUCUGUCAACUACUGUUAAGCAAACAGGGACAUGUUAUAACUGUAAUGAGAUUCAUUUACAGAUAUUUUGAUUUUCUUGCAAAAUACAAACAGAGGCUUAGUCACAGAUGUGACGGCUGAGCAAAAUGGAGUUGACGUGUUCGAUGCCAGGUCAAAAUGGGAGUUAACUGUAAAAAGAAUGAGGGAAGUUAAAUUCAAGUGACAAGUUAGUGAUUGUAUUUGUUUCCCCUCCGUCACAUUGUCACAGUGGUUUAUGUUGCUGUGUUUAGACAUUUUCUACAAAUGUCAACAGUUUUAUGUUGCAUGUCUCCUGUUGUGUUAACAUUGUAAAGACUUUCAUUAAAAUGUUUGAGGCAUGUGGCUUUAUGAAUGAGUUUCUUGUCUCAGAUCUACUGGAUUUAUUAAAAUGAUUU